CUUUGUUUCUAUAGCACCAACAUAUUCUGCAGCACUUUACAACUCUAAGCUUAUAUAUACAGAUAUUAACAUCUAUUCCACAAUAAAAACAAGAACAAUGGGAGUGGGGGCUCUGCUCACAAGACCCUUAACCCUUCAUAAUCCAGAUACUAUCAGCUCCUUUAUACGCUGGAUUAAAUGAAAUGUUGAUGCUCUCUGUUGUGCACAGUGCCAGCCUGGAGCGCGCAGAGUUAAUUGUAGCAGUGGAAUAAGCAAUGAGGCAUUGAAAUUAGCUGCGCUCGCGAAGCAACGUGCUCAUCCUAAAAGUUUCCAGCGUUGUUCCUGAUAUGAAUUGGGAGUGUGUGGAUGGAGUUGUGAAGCAGAGGAGCCGCCAACACCUUUCCAUAGCUGAAUAAGCUGCAAGUAAUGAUGUCAAAGCGCAGAGCUGGUGGUGGUCCCCCUCAGCCUCUGGAGGAGACUCACUCCUAACACCAUCACACACUGGGAAGCAUGAGAUGCGGAGCUAGUCCACAUUUUCAUUUAGUCAGGCUGGUCCUUUCCAGAGGCAGGAAAAAAGGCUGCGUCCUCUCUCCUCGCCCAUGAAUGCCGCUCUCCAUUCCAACCCCAUCAGCUGUAAAGUUUGAACCAGGAAUGAUUUGUCAAUUCCAAGGAUGAUAUCAGCAGAGUGGGAGUCCGAGGGGCUACAGACGGUGGGGAUUGUAAUGAUAAUCUGUGCAUCUCUCAAGCUUCUGCAUUUGUUGGGGCUCAUUGAUUUCUCCGAAGACAAUGUUGAAGAUGAAUUGGAAAUGGCCACAGUUCGGCAUCGCCCCGAGGCUCUUGAGUUGCUUGAAGCACAGACAAAGUUCACAAAGAAGGAGCUGCAGAUUCUCUACAGAGGAUUCAAGAAUGAAUGUCCCAGUGGGAUUGUCAAUGAAGAAACGUUUAAAGAUAUUUACGCUCAGUUCUUCCCACAGGGAGAUGUUUCGAAUUACGCACACUUUCUGUUUAAUGCUUUCGACACAGACCACAAUGGAUCUGUCAGUUUCGAGGACUUUGUAAUGGGACUUUCUACACUACUGAGAGGGACAAUCCAAGAAAAACUGAACUGGGCAUUUAAUUUAUAUGACAUUAAUAAGGAUGGAUAUAUUACUAAAGAGGAGAUGCUUGAUAUCAUGAAGGCAAUUUAUGAUAUGAUGGGUAAAUGCACAUACCCUGUUGUUAAGGAAGAUGCUCCAAAACAACAUGUUGAGAAUUUCUUCCAGAAAAUGGACAUAAAUAAAGAUGGAGUUGUAACCAUAGAGGAAUUCAUAGAAAGCUGCCAAAAAGAUGAAAACAUCAUGUGCUCUAUGCAGCUGUUUGAGAAUGUCAUUUAGCUCAUGCUCGCGGAUCACCAAGGACAGACGUUUUAUCUAUUUUUGACAAUAAUUCGGAGCUGCAGUUUCCAUCUUACCACGAAUAGACUGUUCAGCUUUAUACUAAGUCAUAUAUUAUGCAAAGUAGCUUUUCUAUGAUGCCUUCCAAAAAUCAGGUCUCAUGAUGUAUAGUGUUUCAGGUUUGUUUCCAUGCUUAAUACAUGUCACUGUUGAUAGGAUUUUUUUUACAUGUCCCGCCCCUUAAUUUUUGAGUAUUUAAGCAUAAGUCAUAGACCAUGAUGUUUUGCUUUCCACCUGUCCCUGAGCACUCCACUAAAGCAGGUGGUGGACAAAUGGACAUUGGCUCGGCCAACGAAAUGGCAAGAUCUGAUGAAAAAAAACUGUUGUAUUUUUGUUAACAAUUUUACUUACUUAUUUCCUAUGAAUUGUAGAUUAUAAUUAUUUGGUUAUGAAAUGGAAAUAUAAGUCAGUAUCUGUAAUUAUGACUUUAUGCCUUCUACUGGAAGAAAUGCCUACAAACUGUUGAUGAAGCGUAAGUCUCAACAAGCUUUGCCAUUCUUUUUGGUAUUCUCAAGAUGAAAAUUAGUUUUGGAGGAAAAAGAUGACUGUUUUUCUGCCGGAGAACUAUGACCAACCAUGAUGCUUCAGUAAAAUAAGGUUUAUAGAAGAACAGAUUUGUUGGUUUCAAUACUUCAAUAUUUAAAGAUUGUCUGUCAAGUCCAUUAUAAAUGGCAGAUAUCUUAAAAAAAAAAAAAAAAAAAAAAAAAAAAAAACACCUACUACAUGGUCCUCUAAAUAGUGGCUGGGUCUGAAGGUAGUUUAGGUUGAAAGACAUCUUUUUGGAGGGAAUGUUACUUAUUCACGAAUGAUAAAGAUUUGAUGGACUAAACCCUAGGUCUUCAUCUUGUGGUAUGUGUACACCAGGGGGUAAACAUCAUAUCCCUAGGGGGUAUUUGCACUACUGUCAUGUUGUGCUUUUAAUAAGCAGCACAAUGUAGGAUCAUAGGCUUUCAAAUUAUUUGAUAUACUGUAGCUUAUGUACUUGGCUUAGGAACAAGGAGAAACAAUGGACUAAACUAUACUUAGUCUGAAGGUACAGUAUUUGGUAUGUUCUUGGUAAAUUAGACUUUGCCUUUUAAGUUAACAUACCACUUCCCAAUACGGUGGAUCCCAUGUCAUUGUUUAAUGGCCAUGGACAGAGUGUGAUUAAAGACCACACUAUAUACGACAUAAAGGAGUCAUUUUGGAGACAAGAAUUCAUAUGGGCCAUUCCUUCAUGACCCAUGUGCUUGAUACUUUGCCCUCAGUUUGUUGACAUCACAUUUUUACUGCAUCUGCUGAACUAGGCACUGCCAUAUGAACAAUAAUGCAUAGAUCAAUAAUACAAGUGCAUAUAACACAGUUUGCAAUAUAUCCUAUUAGACGAAAAUGCUUUUCUUCUUUUAUCAAACAUUUUCCAACCUAUGGAUGCCUGAAGAUGUAUCAGCCACCAACACACAUGGGGGGAGAUUUAUCAAAACCUGUCCAGAGGAAAAGUUGUUGAGUUGCCCAUAGCAACCAAUCCGAUUGCUUCUUUCUUUUUCCACAGCCCUCUUUAAAGAUGAAAGAAGCAAUCGGAUUGGUUGUUAUGGGCAACUCAGCAACUUUUUCUCUGGACAAGUUUUGACAAAUUUCCCCCAUUGUGUUAUGGGUUUCUGGGUUGACCCAAUGGCUGUGAGGUUGUUGAUCUGAAGCACCCCCCACAAUCUGGACACCAGCCAGUAAAAAGUCAGGGCUGGGGUCUGUAUUACGGUACCUUUUUACAUGUACCAGGGCUUGCUGGAAGGUGUUUGCAUUGUGAACCACUCUGAAGGUGAAAGGGUUGAAAGAAGCUGGCGAGCUGUCCUAGCAAGAUGUAGCAGUGCCACAACCAAAUUGGCAGUGCUACAUCUAUAAUACAAACUAAUAUGGGAUCCGAACAACAGAUAAAUUAUGAGCUUUAUGCGAGCAUCAUGAAUUCCCCUCGGAGUGCCUAGCCCUUUAAUACACAAUCCUAUUCUCUACCGAUUUUUACAGCUUUGUUACUGUCACCAGUAUGUCAUUCUUGGCAGGACAGCGUUAUCCCCAUAUCUCCUGUCUCUCCUCUUAUUAGCUCAGUGUACGUUUCCUUUGAAAUGGUAAUGUUGACAGCAAGAUGACAGCGGAGAAAUUGAAAACAUUUAUUUGUUUCUUAAGAAUGUGGAGCAUUAGCUCAGUGCAGCAAAACAUGACAAAAAACUCUGAACAGUGUUAUUAGAGCGGAUGCCAAGUGCAUACAGAGUGAUGUGCUGCAGAAGAGCCGAAAGGGAAACUACCCUUACAAUAUGUAUUUAUAGGGUGCGUUCCCAGCUGGUGUAUAUGCAGCGUAUUUCACGCUGCGCAAAAUUUACGGCAGCAGCAGGAAAUACGCUGCGUUUUCCUUGUUCACUAUACACACAGGGCUUUCCGGCGGCAGCCCUAUGUGUGCAGUGAGUUUUGGAGGCGGAGCCGCAUGUCACAGUCACGUCGUUAC